AUGACCCAGCAAAAAGCCAUGGAGCCGCUCCUUGAAGCGCAGUCGGCGCCAAGAGAGUUGCUGGCCGAGGUUUUCCCGCUUUGGUUUCCUUUGAUGUGUAGUGAUGUCACGAUGCUGUUGAACGAGUUUGUCAACACUGUUUGUCUGGGUCAAGUGGGAAAUAACGCGGAGUUGGCUGCGGUUGGUUUGGGCAAUUUGAUUCAGAAUUGCUGCGCGUUGACCAUCGGCAUGGGCCUUACAAGUGCGCUGGACACUUUCGUCAGCCAAGCGAACGGAGCCGGGCAAUACUCGCUGUGCACCCAGUAUCUGCAACGCAGCCGCGUCAUUAGCACCGUGCAGCUGUUGUGGAUGAUCCCAUUGCUGUGGUUCACGGAUUCGAUCCUUGUGGCCAUUGGCCAGCAUGAGGAGGUUGCAAGGCAUGCAGCAUCCUACAAUCGCGCAGCUGUUUUUGGGCUUCUAGGUAAUUUUCAAUACCAGGUGAUUGUUUCUUACUUGCAGAACAUGGAGAUGCCCAUGCCGGUCUGGGUAUCAGGAGCCACAAGCCUCCUCCAUGUGGUUUGGUCUGUGACAUUUGUGGUGGUGUUGCGUUGGGGAAACAUGGGUGCUGGGGUUGCAAAUGCUGUGACGUGGACGCUGCAGUGGCUGAUCGGGUCUGUGUUCCUGGUUUUGAACGCAUCCGACCUGCACGCGACCUGGAGGCAGCUGCUUGGAGUUCAGCAGGAAGCCUUCCGCCAGUGGAAGAAUUACAUGGCAGUGGCCAUACCAGCCACAGUGCAGGUCUGCAGCGAGUUGUGGUUCUGGGAGGUCUGCGCCCUGGUGGUGGGAUAUUUGGGCCCUACGGCUUUGGCGGCCCAUGUGGCUGCAAUGAACUUGGUGACCGUGCUUGCCAUGCCCACCAUGUCCUUAGGAAUUGCGGCUGCAACGGUGGUGGGGAAUGCCAUAGGUGCGGAGCUUCCCAAGAAGGCGAAG